AACCCAUCGAAUAAAACAACAAAAGCUCCCUUAAUAACUGAGGUUUUUUUGGUUCUUCGGUUUCAUAAUUAUCAUCAAUCAUGACAGGAAAAGCCAAGCCCAAGAAGCACACGGCCAAGGAAAUCGCCGCCAAGGUCGACGCUGCUACCACCAACCGUGGCGGCGGCAAAGCCGGAUUGGCUGACCGCUCUGGGGUGGAGAAAGGUGGGCAUGCCAGAUACGAGUGUCCUCUUUGCAAAACAACGGCUCCAGAUUUGAAGUCGAUGGAGAUUCAUCAUGAUGCAAAACACCCCAAGAUUCCCUUUGAAGAGUCGAAGCUAGUGGAUCGUCAUGCUAGUUUUGUUGCCGAGUCUUCUAAGCCUCGUCCUGGUGUUAGGGGCAGCCUUAGAAAAUAAAUAAAUUUGCUGUUUUGGGGAUGUUUUGAAAUCUGAGUUUGGUUCCUUAUUUCCUUUUUUGUUUGUUCUGUAACUAUUUGCGAUGUUAGUAGCAAUGCAAUGGCAAAGAUAAAAGAGGGGGUUUAGGUGAAAAAAGGUUUAUUUUUUGUAAUACCUCCCUUGGUGAUGAUGAUUAUGAUGAUGAUAUAUAUACUAAUCUAUCUUGAUUAUAA